UAUCAGAAUUUGAUAUUAUUUUGUGGUAUAAUUGCCUUAAAAGUGUCUAAUUGUCAAGAGGCCAAAUCAGUUUCGAUAGAUCGAUGCUUCGGUUUUUGUGUAAUCGAUAGGUUUAUAUUUAGCACGCGCAUUGUAUUUUAUCAGAUUAAUCAGAUAACGUGCUAGCUAGCUGUUGUUGGCAAGGUACGAGAUCGCACGCAUGGAGAGACGAAACCGGCUGGCGUAAUUAUCCAAACCAACAAGAUAUGAAGUGAUUCUAUUUUUCAGAUCAGUCCUUGGCCAGCCGGGAGCCCAACCAACCCAUCAUUGAAUCAAAGAACAAAACAGUAAUCAUGGAAAAUUCUACAGGCAAGCCAGCGCCCGAGGGCAUCGCCGGGGCCCGCAACGAGGCGGCCCUGCUGGCCCUCAUGGAGAAGACCGGGUACGACAUCGUACAGGAGAACGGCCAGCGUAAAUACGGCGGGCCCUGCCCCGGCUGGGAGGGCCAGCCGCCCUGCCGAGGCUGCGAGGUCUUCGUGGGCAAGAUUCCCCGUGACCUCUUCGAGGACGAGCUGGUGCCGGUCUUCUUGAAGGUGGGCAAGAUCUACGAGCUCCGGCUCAUGAUGGACUUCAGCGGGAACAACCGUGGCUACGCCUUCGUCAUGUACACUAAUCGGGAGGACGGCAAGAAGGCCGUCAAACAGCUGAAUAAUUACGAAAUUCGCAAGGGCCGCUACCUGGGCGUCUGCCCCAGCGUCGACAACUGCCGGCUGUUCGUGGGCGGCAUCCCCAAGAACAAGAAGAAGGAGGAAAUCCUCAGUGAAAUGGCUAAAGUCACUGAGAGCGUGGUCGAUGUGAUCGUGUAUCCAUCGGCCACGGACAAGACCAAGAACAGGGGCUUCGCCUUCGUCGAGUUCGAGAACCACCGGGCGGCAGCCAUGGCAAGGCGGAAACUAAUUCCGGGAAGGAUCCAGCUAUGGGGACACCAGAUCAUGGUUGACUGGGCAGAACCGGAGCGAGACGUCGACGAAGACAUCAUGAAGACGGUCAAAAUUCUGUACGUGAGGAACCUCAUGCUGCACACCACGGAAGAGACUAUCCAGGCGGAGUUCAAUAAGGUGAAGGAGGGCUGCGUUGAGCGUGUAAAGAAACUACGAGACUUUGCAUUCGUCCAUUUCUUGACGCGGGAGGACGCCUUCGUAGCACUCAAGGCCAUGGACGGAGCAACCAUCGAUGGCUCGGUGAUUGAAGUGGUUCUCGCCAAGCCGGUGGACAAGAACGCGCUCAUGCGCUUCCCCCGGGCCGGGGCCGGCAGGGGCUACAUACAGCCCGGGGCCUACGGCUACGGCAGUGGGGCAUAUGACCAGCAGGUCGCGGUCCAGCAGUCAGCCCCAUACUAUCAGCCGUACAACAACACAGGCAGCGGCAUGAAUGGGUUUGGCGCGGCGGGACGAGGAGCCAUGGCACCCCGUGGAGCCUUCUCCCCUAGGGGACGAGGGCGCGGGGCAGCCGGCAUGAGAGGCGCUGGAGGCCUACGUAGCUACGGCGGCCUCCAGUCCGGGGGCCGUGGUGGCUACCGGUACUACGACGGACGGAAGCCAGCUGAGUCAAGGCUUUACGAUAUAAUCCCCGGAAUGGAACUGACACCCACCAACCCAGUAACUCUCAAGCCGCAGAAGAGUUUUGUCCAGAUAUUGGAGGAAGAAUGCGCCAAGCACAACUGGGGCAUACCCACCUACACUCUGCUGUCCAGCCGGGGGCCGCAAAAUGACGUUCAGCUGUUUGUCUAUAAGGUUCAGAUCCCAGCUCUUGCCCAGAGCUACCCGGCCGGCAUCCAGCCCACCAAGCUCUGCACCAGCGUGGAAGACGCCAAGUCCCUGGCCGCCGAGCACGUCCUGACCACCAUGGGUCUGCCCUUAGAUGGCACGGACAGCGUUCCCUCGACCACCAUUGUCACCUCAUCCUCCCCCACCGGCUCAGGCGACUACAUCGCCCCCCAUCACCCCCAGGGGGGACCCCCGCCUCCUACCCAUCCCAACCCCCAUGGGAUGUCAAACGGUGUCGCCAUAACGACUGCUUACCAGCAGACGUACCAUGUCGGUGUCCCUAUCACUUCAUCACCUCCCGUCUUAAUGACACCAGGCGGCGACGCUCCCGACAGCCCACAGUUCAGCUACGGUGGUUACCACGGCCACGGGUACGCCCCUACCUCCCCCAACGAUGUCUACCAGCAAGCACAAUAUUGAUCAAUCGGAAAAUCAAUACCCACGGAUCAAUUGGCAAUUGAUAACCAAUGUAUCGAUCAAUACCUAAUAAUAACCAAUUGAGUAAUUGACGCAUAUAAUAAUCAAUACGGAUCAUUCCACAGACAACUAGUCAAUUCAGGCGAAUCGCAAAAAAGCAGUGCGCCACCAAGAGUUUGCCAUGGAGAGUCCAUUUGUCAAGUUUACGGUCGACAAAGCAUGACCCAUUUGAACGAGUAUCAGUAGACAACU